AUGAUUUCAAAUUUUCAGGACAAGGAGAAGCUAUUGAAUUUCACGAAUUUAAGAGUGUGUCAAGCAGAAAGAUUUUCCACAGAAAAAUGGGCUCCUUGUCCUUCACUUAGACCGCAUGAUCCAAUUGAUUGGCCUUGUAUCAGAGCGGUUGAAUUGUGUAAUGGAAAUCGAGAUUGUCCAAAUGGUGAAGAUGAGGAACCGAACAUGUGCAUGUUUCAUUCUUUGAAUCAAGGAUCAUUGCGUCAAUUGCAGCGGGACUUUUUGAGAUUCAGUGGUGCUACACCCCAUAUACGGAAUUCGACUAAC